AUGUUCGUUCAACAACAUGAGCAGAAAGCCUUCCUCAGCUGGAUGCGCGAGACAGGCAACAUGUUCACAGGCGAAGAGUACCAGACACGCCUUGGCAUCUGGCUCUCCAACAAGCGCCUUGUCCAGGAGCACAACCGUGCUAACCUCGGCUUCACAGUCGCUCUUAACAAGCUCGCCCACCUUACACCAGCUGAAUACAAGUCCCUCCUUGGUUUCCGCAUGAACAAGGCCGAGCACAAGGCUGUCAAGUCCAACGCUAUCGCUAAUGAUGAUUGCGACUGGCGUAAGCAUAAUGUCGUCAACGGCAUCAAGGAUCAGGGCCAGUGCGGCUCCUGCUGGGCUUUCUCUACAAUCCAGGCUCAGGAAUCCCAGUAUGCUAUCACAACAGGCACCCUCCAAUCCCUCUCUGAACAGAACCUUGUUGACUGCGUUACAACAUGCUAUGGCUGCAAUGGUGGUCUCAUGGAUGCUGCUUACGACUAUGUUGUCAAGCACCAGGGCGGCAAGUUCAUGACAGAAGCUGACUACCCAUACACAGCUCAGGAUGGCUCCUGCAAGUUCUCUGCUGCUAAGGGCACAUCAAAGGUUACAGGCUACGUUAACGUUGUUGAAGGCGAUGAGAAGGAUCUUGCUACAAAGGUUUCCACCCUCGGCCCAGCUGCUAUCGCUAUCGAUGCUUCUGCUUGGUCAUUCCAGCUUUACUCCUCUGGCAUCUAUGAUGAAUCCGCUUGCUCCUCUUACAACCUCGACCACGGUGUUGGCUGCGUUGGCUACGGCACAGAAGGUUCCAAGAACUACUGGAUCGUUCGUAACUCCUGGGGCACAUCUUGGGGUGAAAAGGGCUACAUCCGCAUGAUCAAGGACAAGAACAACCAGUGCGGUGAAGCUACAAUGGCUUGCAUCCCAACAGACAAAUAA